UCCUCCAAACGAAACUCUUAGGUAGGCGACGUGUCGCAGGCGCGGCGACACCGGGGGCAAAGGUCUAGCGGCGGCGCCGCGCGGCCCGCUUGCGCGCGGCCUCCUUGCGCGCGUCGGCGGCCUUCUUUCGCGCGGCGCUGGCGGCCGCGGCGUUGCGUUUCUUCUUCUCGAUUUGAGCCUGCGAACGGGACGGUCACGAAGGCGUCGAAGGAAGGACGCCGGCGCGAACCUUCUUCGUCGCCGCCCUGGCGUCGAGCGCCUUCUGGCGCGCGAGCUUCUUGGCGGCCUCGUUGGCGAUGCGCUUCUCCUUCUUGCGCUGGGCCUGCGCGGCCUUGGCCUCCGACCUGCGUGGAAAUCAAAUUUCGGGCGCCCCACGCCAUCGACGCGACGUUGUCUCCGUAGCUGCGUCUGCUCGAUGGCGUGGAGGCUGAUUUCCACACAGGCUCCGACGCCCGGCGCUUCGAGUCGGCCCGCGCCUGGGCCGCCUUUUUGCGGGACGCGACCUUGGCUUCCCGGUUGCGCUUGGCCUGCGUCGGGCGGGACGACGUCGCGUCGAUGGCGUCACGAAGGGACGCGGGGUCACCACCUUCUCGACCUUGGCCGCGCGCUGCUUCGCCUUGGCCGCGCGGCCCUUCGCGCGCGCGACCCGCGCGUCCUGCUGGCGCUUCGACUUCGCGAGUGCCGCGAGCUUCUUGUCGAGGGCCUUCUCUUGCGCCUUGUACUUCUUCACCUCGUUCUUCGUGUUGCCCGCCAUGCCUCGCAAGGCCCGGGCCUCCUUCUUCUUUUCGCGCGUCUCGGCGAUCUGGUCGAGGGUUUUUUCUCUAGCCACUUCUUCCGGCAGGAGCAGCCCGAGCUCCUUCUUGCCCUUCGCCGUCGCGGCGGCGGCGGUCUUCGCCUUAUCGGCGGGCGCCUUCGACGCCUUGGCCGCGGGCGCGGGCGCGGCCUUGGCGGGCGCCUUGGCCGGCGCCGGCGCGGCCUUCGCC